AUGAAGAAGUGCAAAGUAUAAUUAAUCAGCAAAGUGGGGAAGCAGAAAUAUGUGGACCUCAAUAUGCUGUCAGAUUCUGAAAGUUCCCAGCACCUGGAACUUCAUGAACCACCAAAAGCUGUGGAUAAAGCAAAAUCCCCAGGGGUUGAUCCCAAGCAGUUGGCUGCAGAACUCCAGAAAGUUUCGCUACAGCAGUCACCACUUGUUCUGUCAUCAGUCGUUGACAAAGGAUCUCAUGGCCACUCGGGUCCUACGUCCGCUGGAUCCAGCUCUGUUCCCAGCCCUGGACAACCAGGGUCACCCUCGGUGAGCAAAAAGAAACACAGCAGCAGCAAGCCUACUGAUGCAACAAAGGUAGUCUCUCAUCCAAUUACAGGGGAAAUUCAGCUUCAAAUCAACUAUGAUCUUGGAAAUCUCAUAAUACAUAUCCUCCAAGCAAGAAACCUGGUCCCUCGAGACAACAAUGGUUAUUCUGACCCUUUUGUUAAAGUGUACCUUCUUCCAGGGCGAGGCGCUGAGUACAAGAGAAGGACUAAAUAUGUUCAGAAGAGUCUUAAUCCUGAGUGGAAUCAAACAGUAAUUUAUAAAAGUAUCUCCAUGGAACAGCUCAAGAAGAAAACACUGGAAGUGACAGUCUGGGAUUACGAUAGAUUUUCUUCCAAUGACUUUCUUGGUGAGGUAUUGAUUGAUUUAUCUAGCACAUCUCACCUCGAUAACACUCCUAGGUGGUAUCCUCUCAAAGAACAGACUGAAAGCAUUGAUCAUGGCAAGUCCCAUUCCAGUCAGAGCAGCCAGCAAUCCCCAAAGACUUCCGUCAUCAAAAGCAGAAGCCAUGGUAUCUUUCCUGACCCAUCCAAGGACAUGCAGGUUCCCACCAUUGAGAAAUCCCACAGUAGCCCUGGUAGCUCGAAAUCAUCAUCGGAAGGCCAUCUUCGCUCUCAUGGACCAUCUCGCAGUCAAAGCAAAACCAGCGUCACGCAGACGCACCUGGAAGAUGCUGGGGCCGCCAUAGCAGCGGCUGAAGCUGCCGUGCAACAACUUCGCCUUCAACCAAGUAAAAGACGCAAAUAAAUUCCUCAGCAUGGCAGCUUAAUGUUCAUCUGUUGCCUUUCUUUCCUGCUGUCCUUCCCUGUUUGCUUUGUGUUUUUUUUGCAUCCCCUGCUCACUCUGUUCUCUGUCCCUGUGUCUGUGUAAAGAGUACCAGUACAUAAAUAUGCUCCUUCCUAUUUAGAUUUUUUUUUUUUUAAUUUACAUAGACGGCAAUAAAACUGGCUGUUUCUCCUUUGUUUCCACCAUUCCAUCCAACCUGCUCAUAGUAUUUGGUAGCUGUGUCUGUGAUGUUUGCAGGCAAAGCAAUGUUGUGCGUCCAUUUUGUUGAGCUUAAAUAUCCUUUAGAAUAUAGGAAUUAAAAGCACAAUGGCUGCCAGUGUUCCAGGCAUUACACCAAAAUGACACACGCAAACAUUAACAGCAGAUUAGCAAUGAGAUUCCAGCAUCUGGAAACCCACAAAAGUCUUAUAGACAGACAACUGAUGCAAUCCACAGUCAAAUUCUAGAACCUAGAGGAAAAAGCCAUUUUGAGCCUAUGCUUAAAAACACUAAUAAAUAAUGCAUGCAAAGUGUUGUAGCUUUCCAUGUGCAAAACAUUUUAAUCUUUUGAAAAUCCGUGAAGAGAAUCAUGUUUCUUAUAUUCUUAAAAAAUAUAUAAAAACCCAUAAUAAAUGUAUGUGAGAUACAUGAGAUAAGGCAAUGUAACCUCAUUCAGGAGCACAACUGGGUCCAUUCUGAUGGAUCAUACUUUGUAUGUUAUAACAGAGCAUUUAUAGAUUUUUUUGUUUUAAUCCUAACCAUUGAAGAUCCCUUGAAAAUCAAGAUGUGCUAUGUCUAGUAGCUGUAAAUCAAUGAAAGCAUAAGAAUUGCUCAUUAUUAACUGCUGUAGUUUCAUUUAAUUUAUAAAAAUUUAGUCACUUGAUGUGUAAAACUUAACGAAGGCAGAGAUUUCACAAACCAUAGGUGCACUGCCUUUUCCAGGAGGCGUUAGACAGACAGUGGAGAUAGAGUGCUGUUCUCCCCAUCUGCGUAGUCAUCAUUUCCAAAGAAACAGCCAGUUUUAACCCCCCUUAGUGCUGUGCAUGUGGUGUCAUUUUGGCAUUUGAAAACACAACUUAAAUAGAGCAAAAGAACACUUCUGUUUGCAUGUUAACAUUCAAGCUGAUUCCAUCUGAGGAUACAUACUCUGGGUUUCCAUUUCACCCACACUGCCACAGCAGCACAUAAAAGCGGUCAGUCUAAUCAUGCCAGGAAGCAGCACAGACACAGCAUAGCAGGAGUCCUCCCCAUUCAAAGAACUCAGUCUGAUAAUCUGCCUCCACCAGCCAAUGGCAACCAAGACCCAAGCCAGCUAGCCCUCAGGAAGGUGAUGUCUGAUGGACCAGUCAAGCCAGAAGGAGGUGAGCAGAAAGGCGCUGUUCAAAGCACACAGCAAGAACAUCCCCCCAUUUAAAACCCUCAUCUUUUAAUUUUUAGAGAUUUUCUGAUAAAACAUGUUGAUCCACUUUUUAGAUGUGCUUUUGUGGGCAUGGCAUUUCAAGAUAUCAUCAUCACUGUGUAAGUCCCCAGAUCAGUCCCAUAAAAUAUUGACGACAGUGAUUUGUACUUUUCUAUGCAUUGGGCAUCUUUUGACUUUUGUUGGGAAAUAGAUGAACAGUAUUCAUGUUGCGGAAUGGAAUGCAUGCUACUAACCUAAUCUGUUCAAGCAUGACUACAUGACUAUAAAUAUGUUGCAUUGUGAUAAAAGUUUAAACUGCUCACAAUUUGAGUUAGCAUACCAGUUGGAAUGUAGAUCAGUUUUUGUUGCGUAUUAUUUCAAGUGUAACUUUUUAAAAAUUCAGUGGAUUUUGGAAAUUCAUAGAGGACAGUAAAGGAAAAAUUGUUAAUGCACUCACUCACCUUUACAUAGUGAAGGUUCUCUCUCUAUCCUACAAGCAGACAUUUUCCACUGGUGUUUCCAUAGCUGUUAAGUGUAUCAGAUGUGUUGGGCAUGUGAAUAUCCAAGUGCCUGUGUAAUAAAUAAAGUAUCUUUAUUUCAUUCAUAAACUGUUGGGUUCUGAGCCAUUGUUAUAUGAUGCAGCUUAAAAUGAGUGUGUCAGUUUUUGUUUUCUCAUUUGAUUCUUUGUAAUAUAGAGUAUUUGUAGUUACUGCUCCAUUGCUAGUGAGAGUUGUAAUGUUAGAUACAUUUGAGAGUAGAACAAAGUUGCAUGUCCUAAACAUUAGAAGAUGGAAAAUUAUUAGCAAAU